AUGCCCCCAAAGCUAACCCUAUACUACAUAAUCUCUUCAGCCAAUCGUACGGUCGAUGUAUUCGUUGACUUCGAGUUAGGUUUCGCCGCUUCUGUCCCUUCGGACGGCAUUCUUGGUCGGCUCGUUGUGGGACAGCCCGAGGAUGGGUGCGAGCGAAUGGCUGGCCCUCCAGACAACCAGACGGGUGUCAAGUGGUUUGUUCUCGUCAAGAGGUAUCCGUGUCAGUUCACGCAGAAGGUCCAGAAUGCUAUGAAGGCUGGAUUCGAUGCCAUUAUCAUCUAUAAUAUAGAUGUGAUGACUGUUAAGAAGUAUUCUUUGGUCCAUUCGCCACAAACUGAAAAUGGAGUCACAAUUCCAGCGCUUCUCAUAUCCUUUGAGGACGGAUGGGCUCUCAAGAGGGAAUAUCUAUGGAAUAAAGGCUUUACUUUAAUGAUAUUACCGGAUCUGCCCUUCAAUUUGAACGCUUAUCUCUUGCCAUUCGCUAUCGUAAUCGCUGUCUGUCUUCUUCUGAUGAUUUCAUUUAUGAUCUUUCAGAUCGUGAAGUGUAUUCGCGAUAGAAAGAGACGACUCAGACAUCGCCUCUCAUCCCGACAUCUCAAACAGAUUCCGAUCCAAAAAUAUAAGAAAGGCGAUCAGUACGACACGUGUGCCAUAUGUCUAGAGGAGUACGUCGACAACGAGAAACUCCGUAUUCUUCCGUGUGGUCACGCCUAUCAUGUCAAGUGCAUCGACCCCUGGCUCACAAAGAAUCGUCGCGUUUGUCCCGUAUGUAAGGGGAAAGUAGUUCUCCCGGGAAUGAGUGAUAUCAGCGACACUGAGUCCGAGUCGGAAGCGCACAAUACCGGCGCCAACGAGAGAACGCCAUUACUUUUUGCUGAUAGGGCUCACACCAGACAUAGAAACAGACGUCGGCGCCGAUCGUAUCCACAAACGAGCGCUUCGACUGAACAAACAAACCAAACAAACACUGAAUCGGCAGCUAAUGAGACGGUCGAUGCGAACAGCCCUCUCCUGAUCAUUGACACCGUGAGUAUGAGUGCGCCUAAUGUUCGACUCGUCGAAGUGGACAUCACUCCUAUGAUGGCUCCGACUUACCUCUCAGUGAACUGUGACUCCGAAGAAUCGGUGAUCGAAGUGGCCGAUGAGGUGACCCCUCCGCCUCCCGUCAGCGCCCCUCCAGUCGAGGCUAGAAGUUCAAGGAGUCGGCGACAGGAUGUGAUCGUAUAGUUUAUAUAGACUUAUAGUCAGGA